AUGAAAAAAAGCAGGGAAAAGCCUCUGCUGUCCUCGGACAGCGAGGGCGAAGAUGAGGUCAGGGUCCGCUCGAAUUUAAGGAAGCGGGCCUUUUUAAAAAACCCAAUUAGAGGUGGAGACGAGGACGUGUCUCCUCCUCCUAAGGGUAAGCCGCCGAAGAAAGCGGCCUCCCACAAGGAAGGACUAGAGGAGGCAGAGAGAGAGUUGCGUGCUCUUGAGGCGAGCUCUCUCCCUGGUGAGAAAAAAAGUGUAGGUGGGGGCCAUCCGCAAGGUGGGGCCUCCUCAAGUGCAGCUGUGGCCCCGAAUGGGCCCCCGUCUUCGUGGGAAGACUAUGAGGAUGAUGUGGUCCUCCUGGGGGUGCCGCAAAUCAAGGAGAGAUCGGUUGCUCGGGUUCGCCGCAUCAUAGAGAUUGCGACGAAGUCGGGUAACCUCAAGGGCACCUUCAUCCGCGACCUGAAGGUUGCGGCUAGGGAAAUCGGCGAGAUGGUGGAGGAUCUCGCCGAUAGAUGCCUGAAAGGGGAAGAGGGUAGGCGCCUCCAGAGGGCCAAUAAUCUCCUGAGGGCCCAAGUUAAAGACCUAGGCCUUGAGCUGGCGGCUCUCAGAAGAGAAUUCAAUGAGCGCACUGCGCACUUUGCGCAGUCGAAGGAAAACCCUGUUCCCAACCCGGCGGAGAGCUCCUUCACACCGGAUGCCCUCCGUCAAUUGACGGAGGGCCUUUUAGACGGGGUGAGGGAGAGCCUGAUGGGGGAGCUGAUGAGGGCUGUGGGUGGCAUGCUCGAUGCCAAGAUAGCGGGGAUCGGGGACAGGCUCCUCCCUGAGCCUGUGAUGCGUCCGCCUCUGGCAUCAGCCCGCGGCCCCCAGGGGGCUCAGGUGGCUUCAGAUCAGUCGGGGCCCCGGGGCAGGAGAGCCCCUGAGGGUCUCGCAGGGGUCGAGGCCCACGGGGUCUCAAACGUCUCGGGGCCCAAGGGCCCCGGAAGAAAUAUUCCGGCUAUGGAGAAAUCGGCUGGAGGGGUCUCUCUAGAGAAGCCUCCAGUGGGUGGAAGCUGGGCGACAGUGGCCGGGAAAAAGAAAAAGAAGAGUAAGGGGAAGAAGCCGGAAAGUCUUCCCGCUGUACCCGCUCUUACUGCUCAGGGUGGUAUAGGUCCUCUGGCGGGUCGGGUCGAGUCGGUGGUUGCGCAGAAGUCUGUUGGGGUGCGGAAGUCUUCCCUUGCUCCGCCGACAACUGCUGCAGUGGUUAUCACACUGCUGCAGGGGGCGGUGGAGCGGGGAGUCACCUACGCCGCUGCUUUAUCCAAGGCCAGGCAGGCUAUCAGUCUGCCUGACUUGGGCAUAGAGCGUGUUGGUAUCCGGGUGACAGCGACCGGAGCUCGGAUGCUGGAGGUGCCUGGAGAAGGCAGGGAGGAGAAAGCCAACCGCCUAGCGGAAAGAUUGAGAGAGGUGCUGUCGGAGGAGGCCUUGGUGGGGAGGCCCGUCAAGUGUGCGGACCUCCGCAUCAGAGACCUUGAUGACAGUGUCACUGAGAGGGACGUGAUAGAGGCGGUGGCUGCCAUGGGGGGGUGCCCAGUGACCGCCAUUAAACCAGGGAGGAUAUUGCGGCGUGGGGAGCAGGGAAUGGGGGAGAUGUUCCUCCUAUGCCCGGUUGCCUCCGCCAAUAAG